AUGUUCGGCGAUGACUUCUCAAUCUCACAGCUGGCCAUUCCGGCGGUUAGUGUGCUGAUCAGCUUCCUAGCCUACACAUCUCAGUACUUCUUUCUGCGGUUCGAGUCGGCACCUCUCCAGAAAGAUGAAGUGUGGAAAAUUAAUAUAUUCGCUUUGUGCAUCUGGAUAUGUUACUUCAGGGCUUGUUAUGUAGACCCUGGUCGGCUUCCCUUGGACCGAAAAUCAAUAACUGCUGAUCAACAUGAGGAGGAGCGGGCUACGGGCAGGCGAUGGUGCCGUCGAUGUUCAGCUUAUAAACCACUGCGCGCUCAUCAUUGCAAGACAUGCAAAAGGUGCAUUCCCAAAAUGGAUCAUCACUGCCCGUGGACCUCCAAUUGUGUCUCACAUUUCACCUUUCCCCAUUUCAUACGUUUUCUAUUCUACGCAGUGAUUGGGAUGUCCUACCUUGAGACUCUCCUCUGGGAACGUGCGUCUAUUGUCUGGGGCAGCCGAAAUCUGCCAAGUUAUAUGGGCCCCUCCAUCGGGCAACUGGCACAUCUUUUUAUCUUAUUUAUCGUCAAUAGUUUGACGGUCUUCGCACUUUUUCUUCUGCUCGUGCGAAGCCUAUACACGCUUGCCUUCAAUACGACUACCAUCGAGUCUUGGGAGAUUGAGCGGCAUGAAACUCUCGUCCGACGAGCCCGUGUCCUUGGUGGUCAACUAGAUGGACCGGGUGGGAUAAAAGUCCGAAUCAAGAAACAAGAGUUUCCGUAUGAUAUUGGGAUUUGGACCAAUAUCAAACAGGGGAUGGGAGGGAGUGCAAAUAUCUUCAGCUGGUUCUGGCCACUGGCAGCCACCCCUGACCGUCGCACUGGGUGGGAAUUUGAAACAAAUGGCUUUGAAGAUGCUGGAUCCUCGUGGCCACCACCUGAUCCAGAUCGUAUUCCUUGGCCAGUGAGCCGUCCAGACCCAAGUAACUCAACAUUGGAGUCAUAUUCAUCUGCCCGUGAGACUAUCGAGGCAUUCAAACGACGCCAGGCAGAAGACAUGGAUCGUCGCAGGCCAUUUCCCGAAGUUCAAAGACGUAAGCGAUUCCACGAUCGAUUUCAAAAAGAGGCCCAUGACAGUGAGGAAGAUCGGGGACCUGGACCUGUCUAUGGCGAUGACUCGGAUGAGGGCGAGGAGUCUUGGCGGAAUGCCGAAGGAGAGCGCCUCCGUGACUUCGGGGUUGAUGAGGACGUGGAGUUCUAUGACGAGGACGAUGUGCCUUUGGCCGUGCUCAUGGAGCGACGAAAGCAGCAACAGUGA